GUGCUGGCAAACAACAGAGCAACUGGAUUAUUAUGUGUCAGCUUGAAAGGACAAAGUGCAGCUUCCUGUUAUGCCUUGGGAUGGGUAUUAUUAUGUGUUCAUUAAUUUAUCUGAGGAUUAGAAAGCCAACUGAGCAAAAAUACCUACACUCUCCAAGCUGCAGACCCUUCUCCCCAGAAUGUAGACCGUUUCUGUCUGGUUCAGAGAACAAAGGAUUAUGGUAUCGGCUUGACUGCCAGGUCAAAAGCUAUAUCCUCAAUGGGUAUCUGAAGUGUUCAAGACUGAAGAAAGACUUACACUUUAUCAACAGACCGCUCAGUCGUGAAGAGGAGGACUACCCUUUAGCUUUUAUUGUCACUGUUCACAAAGACCUGGAGCUUUUUAUUCGCAUGUUGCGAGCCAUUUACAUGCCACAUAAUGUCUACUGUAUUCAUGUUGAUGCAAAAGCUCCACGGGAGUACCAGGUGACCAUACAUAAGCUUGUUAGCUGCUUUCAAAAUAUAUUCCUCUCCAGCCGCAGCGAGACAGUGACAUAUGCUGGGUUUUCUCGCCUGCAAGCUGAUUUGAACUGCAUGAAGGAUCUAGCAAAUUCAAAGACAGCUUGGAGGAAAGUGAUAAAUUUGUGUGGACAGGAUUUUCCCGUCAAGAGCAACCUGGAACUAGUGCAAUACUUGCAGAGCAAACAGUGGCGAGACAAAAACAUGACACCUGGCGUCAAACAGCCUAUGGCUAUGAAGUACAGGACACAAUUCCAGUAUAAGGAAAUCAAAGGGUCGCAUGUAGCUUUAAAAAGUCCACGAUUGAAAAAAGGCCCUCCUCCUCACAAUUUACAAAUUUACUUUGGAACAGCAUACUAUGCUCUCACAAGGGCCUUUGUGGACUUUGUUCUGAAAAACCCCAUAGCUCUAGACCUCUUGGAAUGGUCCAAAGACACAUUCAGUCCAGACGAACACUACUGGGUGACACUCAACCACAUAAAAGAAGCUCCUGGCAGUUGGAUUGACGGAGGUUGGGAUGGAGAUAUCCGGGCAAUUAAGUGGUGGGAUCAAGAAGGACAAAAACACGAUGGUUGCAAAGGACAUUAUGUACGAGGCAUCUGUAUCUAUGGACUGGAAGAUCUUCGGUGGAUCAUCAACAGAAACAGCAUGUUUGCCAAUAAGUUUGAGAGUGACACCUAUCCUGAAGCGUUGGACUGUCUGGAACAGUGGCACAGAAACAAAGUGCUGAGCAAGGCAACUGUUCCUGAAGAUCCAUCAUGGCUGCUAGCUACACAAGACACUUUGAACGGUGGUGACAGUGGCUUCUACAACAGCAGUGCAUGAGAACACUGUUGACAUGAUAAACAAUGCGUGGUAGGUUAUUUACAAGAUGU